AUGUCUAAAACAACAAGAAGUACACGUCCUGUAACUCGAGCAUAUGCUGCACAACAUCAAAUAAAAAUUGAUCCAUUGCCUCCUGCUAGUUAUCAUCCUGAACCGAACCGACGUCGCUCGCAAAAUAGAAAUAACAAUCGUAUAACUUUAAAUUCUACUCAAAGGAGACAAUCGACACGCAGACAGCGAGGUGCAUCUUCCCAAAAAUCUAGACGUCGAAAUCAACAACGAAAAACGACUCUAGCACAAAUAGAAGAAGAAUUAUCCUCAUCUCAACAAGAAGAAGAAGUUGAAAAUCGAGAUAGGCAAUUGAUUCCUUAUUAUAUUCGUGAAGAAUCGAGACAACAAAUACCUUUAUCUCAAUAUUUACAAAUAAUACCUGAAUCUGAAUCACCACCAUAUCGAUUGCAUGAAAAUGAUCCAAUAAUUACAUCUGCUACAGGUGUUAGUCAUGAUUCAUGGUUUAACUAUUAUGAUAGCCCCGAUCUCACCGGUCAAAAUCCUGAAGAAUUUGAUUCAUAUUCAAGUGAUACACCACAAUCACAAUUGCCAGAUUUCCUGUCAACGACUACACGAGAUGAUGAAGAAAUUGAGAUAGAAUUUCAACAAGAGCAUUCAAUGCGACGAUCAGUAGAACCUUUAGGAGGACUUGUUAGGUUUAACGCAUUUUAUUAUGAAGAUGACUACGGUCAACAUAUGACUCGACCUCAAAGACGGCAACCAGUAUCUGCACUUAUUGAUGUAGAUGGAACUUUAAUCCAGAAUUCAACGAGUUAUUCUCAAACAGAUAACUCACAAACUUCUGCAUUUAUAGUUUUUGAUCGUAAAGCAAAAAAAUUACAAAGAGAUCGAGCUGCUUUAGACAUUGAAACUAGUAAACAAGUUGAUUAUCUUAAAGAUGAAGUUGCACAUAGACUUGUUGAUAGAUUGUUGGAUAUUAAGCGAAAAUAUGAUACAAUUGUUGAUUUAGGUUGUGGAUGUGGGCAUAUAGUGAAACAUAUGGAUCGUGAUAUAUCGAACAAAUUAGUGAUGUGUGAUAUGUCAGAGAAAAUGUUAGAAAGAGAUAAAAAUAUAAAAUAUGAUGUUGAAGUUGAACGAAUUGUUGUAGAUGAGGAAUUACUUCCAUUUGAAGAGAAUUCUUUGGAAGCUGUAAUAAGUAAUCUUUCGUUACAUUGGGUAAAUGAUUUGCCAGGCACAAUGAUUCAAAUCCAGAGGUCUUUGAAGCCUGAUGGUUUAUUUCUAGCUUCAAUGUUUGGUGGUGACACUUUAUUUGAACUUAGGUAUACAAAUAUGCAUAAUCAUUCCAAUGAAAUUUCUUUCGAAUUGGAGCGGGAACAUGGUGUUUCACCUCGUGUUUCCCCGAUGGUAGAUUUUCGCGAUGUUGGAAGUUUACUUUCGCGUUCAGGAUUUGCUUUAACGACGAUAGACGUUGAUGAUAUUAUAGUAAAUUAUCCUUCAAUGUUUGAGUUAAUAGCAGAUUUAAAGGCAAUGGGUGAAAGUAACGCUGUAUUAGCAAGGCGACCAUUUUUGAAAAGAGAUACGCUUUUGGCUGCUGCUGCAAUUUAUAAAGAACUUCACGGCAAACCGGACGGCACCAUUCCUGCAACUUUUCAGAUUGGAUGGAAACCUGAUAUUUCACAAUCAAAACCAAAACCUAGAGGUUCUGCUAAUAUGUCAUUAAAAGAAGUGUUGGAAAAUAAAUUGGAAAACAAUGACAAAUGA